GUUGUGUCGUUGUUGUUGUUGUCAACAAUAAAUUGUGUCAGAUGUUUGAUCAAAUGAUCAUUAUUCAUCACACGUGUUGAUAAACAACAAAUCUCAAUAAAUUAAAAACAAUUGUGUAUUAAGAAUGACAGAAAAAAUUGAUCCUGUAUUAUUGAAAGGAUCAUUGAAGGCUUUUGAAAGACUCAAGGAUCAAAUACAGCCAAAUUGGCGAAAAGAAAACAAGGAAAAUCCUUGUAAAGAUGAUAUUCCAGUGAAGUCAUUUUCCAAACAAUUGGAUGAAUAUAAUCAACAAAUAAAAAUUGCAUUGGAUAAUAAUGAGCUGAUAACAUUUCAUAAAUUAUCUGCUCUAGUUGCUGGCAAUUUAAAUGAUGAGCCAAAAGCAAUUAGUCAUUUGGUUGAAUCACAGGGUCUUCAUCAUCGUACACAAGUUAGAUACAGAUAUAUUAAAUCUGAAAUUAAAAAAAAUAAUGACCAAAAUCAAUCGGUAUAUGGUCUUGAUCCAUCACACUUUGAUCUUGGACUUGAUUCAAAAGAAACAUAUGAUAAAUUAUUAUUAAAACUUAAACAACUUCCAAGUGAAUGGUACAUGCUUCAAGUAACAAAAGCAUAUGAUAAAUCAGAAUAUCCAACAUCACCAUCAACAACACAUCCAAUUCAUCUUGUUGUAUUGCCAACAGGUAAAAAUGCAAUUCCACCAUUUACAUUAUUAUUACCAAAGCCAAAAAAUAAUAAUUAUGAUAUUGUUAGUUCAAUAAAAACUCUACUAGAUAAUAAUAAAAAAGAUUUAAGUCGUUCAUAUACAUAUAAACAACAAUAUUGGCAAAUGAGAUUUCGUCAAAAUGAAACAAUGAAAACAGCAAUUGAUGAAAUUGAAAAAAAUUGGUUAAGAGAAUGGAGAAUAUUAUUUAUUGCUGAUCCAAUUGAACCAUCAUAUACAACAAAAGAUUUAUUACAAAUAAUUGAUAAAUUAAUAAUUGAUGAUAAAAAAAUUAAUGGUAAUAUAACAAUAAAACAAAUAUGGUUAUUAAAAAAAAUUGCAUCAUGUUCAUCAUAUUUAAAUAAAGAAGAAAUUGAUCGUGCUGUAACAUGGGUAUUAAAUGGUCCAUCAAAGUUAUGUAAAAAUAUAAUAUAUUCAAUAAUUGGAAAGACAAAAUUUUCAUCAGCAAUUGAAACUGAAAUACGUAAAACACUUGUACUUAUUGUUGAUGAAUUUAUUGAUUAUUUACCAUUUGAAUCAAUGUCAAUAUUAAUUAAAAAUCCAGUAACAAGAUUUUCAUGUUUUCACAUGGUUUAUGCAUUAUUUAAAGAAUAUGAAAAAUCAAUUAUUAAUGGCUGUUUGGAAAUUAAACUUGAUGAUUGUACUGAUAAUGGAUUAGGUACAUUUGUCGUUAAUCCAAGUGGCGAUUUGGAAAAAAUGGAAAAACGUAUGAAAGUAUUUAUUGAUGAUUGGUUACCAAAUUGGGAUGGUAUUUAUCAUGCACCACCAACAACACAACAGUUUAUUGAUGCAUUAUCAAAUUAUACAUUUUUCAUGUAUAAUGGACAUGGUUCUGGUAUGAAUUAUUUACCACGUGAUACUAUUGAAAAAACACGUGCAAAAGCAAUACCGUUAUUAUUUGGUUGUUCAAGUUUAAAAAUGUUAAAUAAUGGUGGUAAAUUUCCACCAAUAUCAUUGGCAAAUCAAUAUUUAACAGCAUGUAGUCCAUGUAUACUUGGUAUGAUUUGGGAAAUAACUGAUUUGGCUGCUGAUAAAUUAACUGUUAAUUUUAUAACAAAUUUUUUACCAUCUAAAUCGAAAAAUGUAUGGAAGAAUAUUGAUGAUGAUAAAUGGUCAAAAGGUCUUAUUGAAAAUGAAAAAUCUUGUAAAUUAAAUGAUAUUUGUCAAACAAGAGAAAAUGAAAUGUUAAGAGCAAUUUCAUUGGCUAAAAAUUAUAGUAAAAGACAAUAUAUGACUGCAGUUGCAACAAUUGUUCGUGGUUUACCAGUUAGAAUUUGUCAUAAUAAAUAAAUAUAAAAUAAAUAUUAUUAUUUUUUAUAAAACUUUAAGAUAUCAAAACAAAAUUAAUCAUUUAAGUUUAAAGUAUAUUUUGUAUAUCAAUAAAAUUACAAUGUUAUUUACAAA